AUGAACAGCACAAUCACACUGGUGGUGACACUAGUCGUUGCGUUUGUGUUCAUAGCGUACUUUCUGGGUGACGACGUAGGUGUGACGGACGAGAUGGUGGCGCGUGUGGCCCAGAUCGCUCCGAAUCUUCCGCCGUCGGUGAUCCGCCGUGAUCUGGAACGCACCCGCAGUGUUCACGUCACGAUCGAUAAUUACUUGAACGGACUACUCGCAGCACACGAAACAGGUGAAUCGCAAUAUAUCGGAAGCCAGCCUAUAAAGAAGCAGGAUUGCAAGCCAGCCCAGUUCGAGGGGCUGGACUUUGAGCAGAAAAAACGGGAAAUGGUGCUCAGAGCUCGUCAGAGACUAAAUCUCGACUAA